ACUACAAAACAAGUCGCUGGGAGCUUUGCGUGACGAUAAAGACUAGUACAACCCAAACAUGAGAGCAUACAACUUUCUGAAUCUCUUCUUCACUUUCAGCCUCGCAUCCGCGACGCUGAACGUUCAAUUCUCGCUUCCUCGAAACCCAACCCACUUCUUCAAACGUCAAGUCGGAUAUGGUCCAGAGUACGGUGAUUGCACCACGGGGUUGACUUGCAAGGACUCAUGCUGGAAGGAUUACGAGCAAUGCCCAGCAUCAACAGACUUAGUGUUGUUCUGUUACAACCCUGUAGCAGGGCAGAAAUGCUGCGACGAUGGGAAUGGGAAGGCAUGUGAUCGCGGCUACUACUGCACGCAAGACUCGGAGAAUGAGACUUGGUGUUGUCCUGAGGCACUGAGCCCAGAGGCAUGUGCCUCGUCGUUCGGGUUUCCAAAUCCGCUGAAGACUUCGGCGAUAUCUAGUUCGUCGUCUCCUUCGCCAUCCGCUCUAUCAUCCACUUCAAUAUCCACGUCAGUGUCCAGUUCAACAUCCACUGCCGCAUCCACUGCAACAUCUCCUUCAGCAUCCGGCUCAACCUCUACUUCAGCCCCCACUGCAUCGUUCACUUCAACUGGUCCCUCAACAUCUAUAAAGAACACAAGAUUCCCGUCAACAACCACCGCAUCAACCGGUAUCACCACGAUGAGCUACAUCCCAACAAUUACUCCCUUCAUAAAUACCACUACGCUGCCCAACAAUACCGUGAUAUUCUUUACCGGCGGAGUCCAAGCCCUCAAGUUGCCGAGUAUCUCAUUUCUCAUCUCAGUGUUGAUGAGCUCAAUGUUUGCGUUGUGCAUUUGAGUGGGUGUUUCGGGCGGUUUGAACUGUUUGUGUAGCUGCUGAGAAGAAGUUCGCGGACUGUACGCUGUUAACGUCUAGUGGUAUAAUAUCAUGGUUCAGUGAUUAGAAUGAGAUCUGCAACACUGCACGGCUUUGCCGUUGACGUUCGAAAGAAACGAAAAUAUACUACACAUUAGGGUAUAGAACG